GCGAGUGUGUGCGUAUGUUUGCUCUUUUUUGUGCCGCCGAUAAAUCGGAGUUUCAACCAUUUACAAAUUAUUUAGCAGCACUUUAAUUGAAAACAAUAAAUUCUUAGUGUAUUUCAUAGCAUUUCUAUUAUGCAUAAAUAAUUAGUUUGCAGCCAGCCAAUUCAAAAAGAGAGACAAAGCAAGAGCGAGAGCGAAAGCAGCGUUGAGAGAAGAGUCCGCCCGCGUGCCAGUACAUGAGUGUGUGUGUUUGGCGUAUGUGUAUGAAUGAAGGCUGGCAUGUAUAUGUGUGUGUGUGUAUGUGACAGUGUUAGUUUGUACGGUUGGAAAUUGUGUGAUUAAGUGCAGUUAACUUCGCGUCGAUAGUCAUUCAAAAAGUAGUAUUAAAAGAACGGCUGUGGCAGCAGGAAUCCGAACAUAUUAGAACUGCUACGGCGACGCGCUAAAAGUAAAAAUUACAACCGUUGUAUCUAGAAAAUAGCAAGCGGCGGCAGCACGAAGAAGCGGCCUACACCCACACACACACACAAACAGCGGCAGCACCAGCAAUACCAAUAACAGCACUCGGACAGAUCAGCAAAUCAACAAAGCAGCAGCAGCAGCAGCCGUGGACAAUUUCAGUUCCAGUUCUAGUUCCAGUUGAGUCCAUCGUUGGAACACAAAAAUGGAUAGCAAGGGUCGCAAAGUGAUUGUUUGUGAUAACGGCACCGGGUUCGUGAAAUGCGGCUAUGCCGGCAGCAAUUUUCCCGCGCACAUUUUCCCCUCGAUGGUUGGACGACCGAUCAUUCGGGCGGUUAACAAAAUUGGUGACAUCGAAGUAAAGGAUUUACAUGUCGAUGACCUUAUGGUGGGCGAUGAAGCCUCACAGCUGCGCUCCCUCUUGGAGGUAUCCUAUCCAAUGGAGAACGGUGUUGUACGAAACUGGGAUGAUAUGUGUCAUGUGUGGGAUUAUACGUUCGGUCCCAAGAAAAUGGAUAUUGAUCCGACGAACACAAAGAUACUGCUGACAGAGCCGCCCAUGAAUCCCACAAAGAAUCGCGAAAAGAUGAUCGAGGUGAUGUUCGAGAAGUACGGUUUCGAUUCCACGUAUAUUGCCAUACAGGCGGUGCUGACGCUAUACGCCCAAGGACUCAUUUCGGGUGUUGUCAUCGACUCUGGGGAUGGAGUUACACAUAUUUGUCCUGUUUACGAAGAGUUCUCGCUGCCCCAUUUGACACGACGACUGGACAUUGCGGGUCGUGAUAUAACGCGUUAUUUGAUUAAGUUACUUUUACUGCGUGGCUAUGCCUUCAAUCAUUCCGCUGACUUUGAGACGGUGCGCAUCAUGAAGGAGAAACUUUGCUACAUCGGCUACGAUAUUGAGAUGGAACAACGUUUGGCGCUGGAAACCACGGUGCUGGUGGAAUCGUAUACGUUACCCGAUGGUCGUGUCAUCAAAGUGGGUGGCGAGCGUUUUGAGGCGCCCGAGGCGCUAUUCCAACCGCAUUUAAUCAACGUUGAGGGUGCUGGCAUUGCGGAACUCGCUUUCAACACAAUACAGGCUGCAGAUAUUGACAUACGUCCCGAGCUCUAUAAGCAUAUUGUGCUAUCUGGUGGAUCGACCAUGUAUCCGGGUCUGCCUAGUCGUUUAGAGCGUGAAAUUAAACAGUUGUACUUGGAGCGCGUGCUCAAGAACGAUACGGAAAAGCUGGCGAAAUUCAAAAUACGAAUCGAGGAUCCGCCACGUCGCAAAGAUAUGGUCUUCAUUGGCGGCGCUGUAUUGGCUGAGGUGACAAAGGAUCGCGAUGGCUUCUGGAUGUCUAAGCAGGAAUACCAGGAGCAGGGCCUAAAAGUAUUGCAGAAACUGCAAAAGAUCAGCAACUAACAAGGAGAAACAGAAAAAUGCCAACAGGUACAGCAAGCAAUCAGCUUCAGCUCCAACAACACCAACAACAAAAACAACAACAUUAACAACAAUGGCAAAAGCAACAAUAACAACAACAGCAACAGCCACAGCCACAAUAUCAGCCCCUAAUCAACAAUGCUGAAGAAAUUGUUUCGAAGUCACAAUAGCGGAAGCUGCAUUUGCUUUAUAUUAAGUGAAAAUGCAAGGCUUAUCAUUAUGUAGUUUGCUUGCUCUUAGCUCUUUAGUGCAUCAUGUUUAUAUACACAUUCGUAUAUGCACCAAAUGUAAGAGCGUUCUUUUUGUUCACACACACCAUAAAACAACUGUAAAAUAUGCUAAUGCUAACUAUGUAUGUUAUAAUCGAUAAUCGUAAUGCCAAAUUUUGUAAUUUGUAUCGGAUGAAUUUGGCACGUAAAUGUGUAAGCAAGUGUCGCAUGAAUUGUAAUAGUAUAUUCAUAAUUAUUAUUCUUA